UGAGACAAAGAACACUCCAGGCGGCCCCUUGGGGGAGGGGACCAGACUUGGGUCUGAGCCAAGUCAGAUUCCUAGGGUCCCAGCCAGACUGCAGACAAGUCCAAGCCCUGAGGAGAGAUGAGAUCACUUCAAGGGCCUAAAGACCUCAUCCUGGAGAAUUCCAGAAAUAUGGACUUCCAUCGCGAACUUUAAGGCUACGAACCCCCCCAACUCCCCACCUUUGAGUGAACACCCCUAGCCUCCAAGAUCCCCCUCCAGUCUAUCUCUCAGAGAGUGUUUGGACGGAACAGACCCGGGGACGCACUUCUGUUAUCCUCCGACCAUCCUCCAACCUUUUUUCCAGUCGCAACCUACGGAACCACCCUCUCUACAACCCUCUCCCUCCGAGACCAGCGAAAACCGUUGUUUGGGCAUACCUCCAUACUGCCCGGCAACCAUGAGCUCCCAGAUUCGUCAAAAUUAUUGCACCGAGGUGGAGGCCGCCGUUAACCGCCUGGUCAACCUGCAUCUGCGGGCUUCUUACACCUACCUCUCUCUGGGCUUCUAUUUCGAGCGCGACGAUGUGGCUCUGGCUGGCGUGGGCCACUUCUUCCGCGAGUUGGCCGACGAGAAGCGCGAGGGCGCCGAGCGUCUCUUGAAGAUGCAAAACCAGCGUGGCGGCCGCGCCCUCUUCCAGGACGUCCAGAAGCCUUCCCAAGAUGAGUGGGGGAAAACCCUGGAGGCCAUGGAAGCUGCCGUGGUCCUGGAGAGGAACCUGAACCAGGCCCUUCUGGAUUUGCACGCCCUGGGCUCUUCUCGCGCGGAUCCUCAUCUCUGUGACUUCCUGGAGAGCCACUUCCUUGAUGAAGAGGUGAAACUCCUCAAGAAGAUGGGCGACCACAUGACUAACCUCCGCAGGCUGGCCAGCCCCCAGGCUGGGCUGGGCGAGUAUCUCUUCGAAAGGCUCACUCUCAAGCAUGACUAGAUUCCUCCACAGCCCAGCGGCCUUUGAGGGGCCCAAAUGGCACCCCUGGUGUUAAGGGCUUCUGCCUAAGCCUCUCCCUGGAGCUCUUCCAAGUUGUGGACCAAAUGAAAACAAUAAAGCUUUUUGCAGCAGCUGGUGCUCUGUGUGUGUGUGAUGUGGGGACGAG